AUGUCGUCAAGAGGAUCGUUGGCUGACCGGGUAACGGUCGAGAAAAUCGUAAGUUUAACUCAAGUUUUAACUGUUUCCUUUGUUAAAAGGUGUCAAAACAGACUAAAGCAAUAUAAGAUAGGGUUUUAUAGAUAGUAUUUUUUAGCGAGAACGUGGUGGAGACAUAUCAGAAAAGGAAAUACGAUCAGCACAGACGUUUGACAUGUCCAAGAUUGAUAACCCAGAAGAACAACAACUUUUGGCUGAAUUUGACAGAAGACGUAAAGCUAGGAACUUGAUGAUUCCCACAGACGAUGAGAGGGUUAAAUACUUGCUUAGGAAGAUUAGCGAGCCUAUUUGUAAGUUAUGUUUUUAUUCGUUUUGCUGUUUUAGGUUGUCAACAUCUGCUACAUGAAUAAUAUCUAUUUUCUCUUAUUCAGGCUUGUUUGGUGAAGAUAUCUUGGAUCGACGUGAAAGAUUGAGAAACUUUUUGUCUAGACUUACUGAUGAUCAAGUGUUUGCCAUCCUACAGGACGAUGAUACGGAGAAACAUGAGGCUCAAGAUGAUGCAGAGAUCUGGUAUCACAAUGGUCCGCCUGAAUUACGGAUAGCACGGGUUAACAUUGCUGAUUAUAGUUUGAGGAAAGCUCAAAUAAGGUUGGAGAGGGCCAGAGUUAGAGCUGGAAGGACUCCGCAAGAAGUUGCGUUGGGGAAACAGGAAAUGCACAAGACUGUUAGCAAUAUAUCACUUUUUGGAUCUCAAGUUACUGGUAGGUUAAUAUAACAUUAUAAGUUGGUUUAGGAUUAAAAAAUAAGGUUCAUAAAAGUGUUUUUAAUAAUUUUUUGAUCAAAUGUUAGGUUAGUAUGGCUCUUUUUGCUAAGUAAAACUUCAAGAUGUGUUUUAUAAUAAAAUGUUUUACAUUUUUAUCAUUAUUUUAAAGCUUUUACUGCGUAAACUGGAAUUAUAUGAAUGAUUUUGCGUUCAGGAUCAAACCGAACAUCAUAUGUAGACGUCUCACUUGAUUCAAAUCACGCCAUCACAUCAAAUUGGGGAGGACAAGUUCAAAUCUGGUCGAUACCGAACUGCGACAACGAAUUGACGUUAAAUGGACAUUCAGACAAAGUUAGCUGUGCCAGAUUCAGACCAGGUGCAUUCAAGUCAGUUCAGCCGAAUGAGGUAAACGCUGCCAGUGGAGAUUUUGGAGGAAAUGUUUUGUUAUGGAGCUUACAGGACAAUAAACCAGUGGCAAAGCUGGAACAACAUGAGAACAGGGUCAAUAGAGUUGCGUUUCAUCCUAGUGGACUUUAUUUGGGCACUACUUGGUAAGAGUUUUUGGUAUAAUCAAAAAUGGCAGAAUUUUUUAUAUUGGAGAAGUAUAAUGGCAAUAACUUUCUUUAUAAAGCUUAAAAUGACAAAAAUUUUACUUACAUAGUAAAAAUAGCCAAAAAUUUAAAUAAAUAAUGUCAUUUUGCUUUCAGUCAUGAUAAAUCAUGGAGAUUGUACGACAUCAACACUCAACAGGAUCUACUAUUCCAAGAAGGGCACAGUGAUGCUGUCUACGACCUUGCCUUUCAUCCAGAUGGGUCUUUAGCACUAUCAGGCUCCCUAGAUUCGUAUGGCCGCGUUUGGGAUCUACGAACCGGCAGAUGUAUCAUGUUCCUUGAAGGCCACCUUAAAGACAUCUACUCGGUCCAAUGGCAUCCAAAUGGCUUUGUCAUGGUCACCGGAUCCGGCGACAAUCAGUGCAAAACCUGGGACAUUCGAAUGCGACGCCAAUUUUACAGUAUCCCCGCCCACAUGUCAAAUGUCACUGGCAUUUCAUUCGACCAAGAAGGCGACCUAAUGGUCACCAGUAGCUAUGACAGAACCCUAAAGCUUUGGGCGAGUUCAGGGUGGCAAUUGCUACGAACUUUGGAAGGACAUCAUGAACAGGUCACCUCGGUUCAGAUGAGCCCCAAUAAUAAGUGGAUAGUGUCGGGUUGUGCUGACAAAACCUUCAAAUUGUGGAGCACCGAGUCCACCGAACUUGAUCUUUAA